UGUUAUGACUUUUGACGUUGCCUUUCUUCUUCCAUUCAAGAAAAAGCUUCCUCUCUCAAUUUUUCUGAUCAGGAAUUAAAAUUAAUUUAAACAAUUAAUCACCAAACAAUAAUGAAACAUUGAUUUUUUCCGUUAAUUACCUAAUUUCUAAUCGUACCUAAAAGGCAACAUCAGUUUCCAGUCUGGUUAGCAAGUUUCAACACGGGCAGAGUUGAGGUUAUCUCAUAAACGUCAACACCACAGUCAACACAAUAGCCAUCAAAACAUACAAUUUUUUAAUUGAUUACAACUAAUUAGUAAGCCGCCUAUCCUCAUAUCAACGAAAAUGGGAGAAACCUUUUCUCAUGAGACGUUCGAAGAAGGGAACUUCACUUUGUUGACUGCGGAAUUAUCAAGCUUAACAUACGAGAAAUUCCUGCUCUUGCUAGGCGAGCUGAACGUUCUAGCUAAAAAUUACCUAGACUGCAAGGGCUACCAGAUGGUGUUUGCUGUAAACAAGGGCACGGAUUCCACGAUAUUUUGGAAGGCCACCAUCCAAAUCGCCUGUGUGCGAAUCGAUUCAGAAACCGGAAAAAUUCCUACGUUUCGACUGUUGUCCUUAAGGCAGUUUCUCAAGGUGUUCAGAACGUUCAAAUCUCAACUGUUGGCCGCAAGACAGAGCUGCAGUCACAUGGAAAUGCGGCUUUCCACCAUCAUGGAAGGAACAAUCAGUCCAGAUUCUUCAAAUGACUGCGUUAUAUGUUUCGAGCGCAAACAGGAAGUUACUCUGCCUUGUGCACACAGCUUUUGCUCCAAAUGCAUAAAGGAAUGGAAUGAGGUUCAUGAUACGUGCCCCAUUUGCAGAGAGAGGUUGGAGAACCCCAAUGAUGCCUGGGUUAUAUCCGAAGUCCCCAAAGCUGAAGAAAUCAGUUGCGAAAUCAAGAAAAGUCUUAUGGAACUGACCAAGAUGCCAACCACCAGCUGCAAUCCCUCCUAAUUUUCCUCUUGUGGCACUUGAUAUGUAAGUACGCCCGCCUAAAUUGUUAUCAUUUGAUUUAACUACUUUUAAGUAAAUUAAUGAUUGUUAAAGGACGACAAGCAAUUAAUUGGUAUAUGUGUAUGUUAUAUUUUUAUCACAAAUAUAAAAACUAGCUGCUGAAA